AUGGCGCUGCAAGUGGCGCACAGCGUGCGGGCCGCGGUCUGCAGCCUGCGCGCCAUCUCUGCGCCCAACGCGCCCUGCCCGCCGCGUCCCUGGGGACUGCGGGCGGGCGCCGUCUGGGCGCUGCGCACCGGCCCCGCUCUGCUGUCCGGUCGUAAAUUCACAGACAAACAUGAAUGGGUAACAACAGAAAACGGUGUUGGAACAGUGGGAAUCAGCAAUUUUGCACAGGAAGCUUUGGGAGAUGUUGUUUACUGUAGUCUGCCUGAAGUUGGGACAAAAUUGAACAAACAAGAGGAAUUUGGUGCUUUGGAAAGUGUGAAAGCUGCUAGUGAACUCUAUUCUCCUCUAUCAGGAGAAGUAACUGAAAUUAAUGAAGCUCUAGCAGAAAAUCCAGGACUUGUCAACAAAUCUUGUUAUGAAGAUGGUUGGCUGAUCAAGAUGACACUCAGGAACCCUUCAGAACUAGAUGAACUAAUGAGUGAAGAAGCAUAUGAGAAAUACAUAAAAUCUAUUGAGGAGUGAAAAUGGAACCCCUAAAUAAACUAGUUUGAAACAACUUAAUCUAGCAUAGUUGUCUUAAAUUAGUGGUGGAUAGAUUUUUAAAAAGCAACUUUUAGCAAAAGAAACUACUUGAAACAAUGUUGCCUGAAGAAAAUACCCCUUAACUUCCUAAUGAUUUCAGAUAAACACUAUGCAUCUUUUUCACAACACCCUGUGAUUUUUAGGCUAGUCUCCAGUUAUAAUACUCAGAAUU